AUGGAUCCGGUAUCCAGGGGUACCAAUAUCAAUGCUGCCGCCUGCCGCAACUUGUCCUCACUCUCGGUAACAAACCUGUCAGAAGACAUCUUCCUGUUAGUUCUGAGGAACUUGACGGCAUGGGAGUUGGUCAACUGUCAACGAGUAUGCAGGUCGUGGCGCACGGCAUUCAGCAAAGAGGGCUAUAUCAGAAUCGUCCUGCAGAAUUACCCGCGGACGAGGGAGAUCAGGACGUUGCCUAGAAGCGCACUCAAUUUCAACACUUCCUCCAGAGACUCUCUCCCAUGGCAAGAAACUCUUCUUUCGAUCGCAACACGAUACAAGAAUCUCUCCCUGGGCACCGCGAGAAAAGUGAUCAAGUAUCCCAUGGCACCUCUGGAACAGCACGGCGACUGGUACAGUGUCGGUCAGUGGGAGUACCACGAGAGCCAGCCAGGAGGUCGUCUGUACUAUGAGACUGCUGCCAUGCAUCUGAGCAAGCUCGGGGCCAAACCAUACCUGUUCAGACCGACCAUGUGGUCGUACGAUGAAGGACUUCUUGUGUACGCGCCUUCUCAACAAAUUGACAAAGGGUACUUCCCCGAGACGCUCAGCCUAUUAGACUUGUCCACUGGGCGACACAGCUGUGUACCUUUCAGCAACGAGGGUAAAAUCAUCCGGAAUCUGCGUCUCAAAGAUCGGACCCUGAUCAUUGAGUGGGCCGAGAAGGAUCCCUUUCACAAUCUCAACGCCAUGGAGCAAGUCAAUCGGCAUUUUGCAAACUGCUUCGAUGUCCGUCGCGACAAAAGCAACGAGUCGUGGGAGGUGUGCUGGCGCUCAGAGUGGAAAAUGCACUUCCUUGGCCUUCCGCCCAACUAUCACGAUCGUUUCUUCUCCACGCAUAACUCAACCCACUAUGCUGUGUACUUCUGGCAGCCGAACCGGAGCAUGUACACAGGGGACGAGGAGUUGCCCAUUGAAUCGUUGUCGGUGUGGGACAUCUCUGCCCCUUCACCCUAUCAGCCCUCCACCGAUCCAUCCGGCAGAUUCCGCCCGCCCGACAAGGAUGGCCCAUACAUCGUCUCGCGGUUCUCCUUCACAGAUAUGGACUUUGUGGGUAUUCGGCAGCAUGCCAGCAUUGCGCUGAUGUCUCUUCACGUCGACUCCGAAACUAAGUCUCUUACUGUUCGGGAAAAUGUGAACGUCGCAGGGCAGGGCUACUUUGACCCUGCAGAGCGACUGUGGUGCACGAAGACGACCAUGUUCCCGUUUGAGGGAGAGGGACCUCGGCUCUAUCGAGAGUGGGAUGGAAAUCUUCCACCGUAUCGAGGUCACUGCAGCAUGGAGAGUGCCGAUGUCGAGGAGAGUGAACGCUGGUUUGUGCCAAUCAUGGACGUAGUCGACAGCGACGCUGGUGUGAGGGCGAGUCUUGUCGAAACGUGUUUCUCGGGUCAGAGUAUUGAGAAUAAACUGGUGGUCAGGUUCAAGGUAACAGGUACUGUCAGGCCAGAGGAGGCUGGUGACUGGGUCACACUGGAGGAUAAGCUGACUUCAGAGGUCAGUGCCAUGGGAAGGAUCGCAGGCGAUGAGCGAUGGCUCAUCGGACAGAAUGAGCGCAUGGAGAUUGUGGUUCUGAAAUUCUGA